AAAGUCCUGCAUCCACUUGGAGCGCGUGGCUGUCAUAGAGGCGGCGUAUUGCUGCACCGCGUGGGUACUGUGCGGAGGUCGGAGGUCGCCGAAAGCCUGACGUCUGUGUAGAACCUGAGACGCGAGCUAUGGUGAGGAGAUCGCAGCGGCGAGGAGCGGCUAAGUGGGCCGCUCUGCGAUCCAAGGCAGGUCGCGGUCCAGUGGAGGAAAAUGAAGACGAUUUAGAAUCUCCGCCCUCACCAGGGGACUCCAGUUACUACCAAGAUAAGGUAGAUGACUUCCAUGAGGCCCGAUCUCGGGCCGCAUUGGCUAAGGGCUGGAGCGAAGUAGAGAGUGGGGACGAGGAGGAGGAUGGCGAUGAGGAGGAGGAGGUGCUUGCUUUAGAUGUUGCUGAUGAGGACGACGAAGAUGGAGAGAGUGCAGGGGAUGAGGAGGAGGAAGAGGAGGAUGGUGGAAGCUCCGUGGAGAGUGAGGCUGAGGCCUCGGUGGAUCCCAGCUUGUCGUGGGGUCAGAGGAAAAAAGUUUACUAUGACACGGACUAUGGGUCCAAGUCCCGAGGCCGGCGGAGCCAACAAGAAGUAGAAGAAGAGGAAAGAGAGGAGGAGGAGGAGGCACAGCUCAUUCAGCGGCGCUUAGCCCAGACCCUGCAGGAGGACGAUUUUGGAGUCACCUGGGUGACUGCCUUUGCAAAACCAGCACCUCAAGUAAAUGAGGCUGAGACACGCGUCGUGAAGGAUUUGGCGAAAAUUUCAGUGAAAGAGAAGCUGAAGAUGCUGCGGAAGGAAUCACCAGAGCUCUUGGAGCUGAUAGAUGACCUGAAAGUUAAGUUGACAGAGAUGAAGGAUGAACUGGAGCCAUUGCUCCAGUUGGUGGAGCAAAGAGUCAUUCCACCUGGAAAAGGAAGCCAGUACCUGAGGACCAAGUACAACCUCUACUUGAACUACUGCUCCAACAUCAGUUUUUAUUUGAUCCUGAAAGCUCGGAGAGUUCCUGCACAUGGACAUCCUGUCAUAGAAAGGCUUGUUACCUAUCGAAAUUUGAUCAACAAGCUGUCAGUUGUGGAUGAGAAGCUGUCCUCUGAGAUUCGUCAUCUACUCACACUUAAAGAUGGUGCUGGAAAGAAAGAACUGACCCUAAAAGUAAAAUCCACGAAGGCUAAGCCAAAAUCUGUUUCAGAGACUUCAGCUGCUGCUGUUACAGACCUUUCUGAUGAUUCUGAUUUUGAUGAAGAAGCUGCACUGAAAUACUAUAAAGAAAUAGAAGACAGGCAAAAAUUGAAGAGAAAGAAAGAAGAAAAUAGUACUGAAGAACAAGCUCUUGAAGAUCAAAAUGCAAAGAGAGCCAUUACUUACCAGAUUGCUAAAAACAGGGGACUUACCCCUAGGAGAAAGAAGAUUGAUCGUAAUCCCAGAGUGAAACACCGGGAGAAGUUCAGAAGAGCCAAAAUCCGAAGAAGAGGCCAGGUUCGGGAAGUUCGUAGAGAAGAGCAACGUUAUAGUGGUGAACUGUCUGGUAUUCGUGCUGGAGUUAAAAAGAGCAUUAAGCUUAAGUAAAGUUUUUGCUUGGCUUAAGUUUUUUGGUAAUAUUUUUAGAACAAUAAAUUUUUUUUAUUUUUAA